UGAACAAUAUUAGUUUAUAUUUAAUUAUUACACACGUCGUCGCAGGACGAACACUCCGUCCAGAUUACACGUUAGUUUUUCAUUAUGUAACAAAAAAAAAAUGGCGCCGCAUAUAACAAUGGACAUGAUCAUACCCGUGAUUGAAGAAAGAUCGCAGAACUCUUGCGAUCGACCGCACGAGAUUGAAAUCGGCAAACCAAGCCGCACAGAACUACUUUCCAAGUGGAUCACCAACGUACGUAACAAAAAAUUGAAAUGCUAUCGUAGUCCCAGGCGUGACCUCCGUGUGGAGGCUGUGCUGACUCGCGCGUUGAAUAAUGCGGAAUACGAACUGCGUACCACACAGUUGUCCAGAUUGAAUCGCUGGUUGAAAGUAAGAAAACGUCUGCUCAAGGGAGUGAACUAUGGUGCUUGUGGGUUGUACAAUAUUGUCGAAGAAGAAUUGGAGAGAACCAAAGAUGUCGACGCGAGACAUAAUACAUUUUGGCAGGAGAAAGAUCUGUGUGAGGAUCUUACCAGUCUGGAUAAUUUUCUGCUGGAACUUAGAGAAAUAAAACCAACGAUUGUACAACGGUAACAAAACUUGCAAAUUAGAAGCUGCUUUGUAGAAGCAAUAUGACUGGCCUGGAUGUGUUCAAGCUCGUUAACUACAAAGACUGAUAUUCAUACCUCUGCGACUUCACUCAUUCAUAUUAUCUGCAACAACAAUCUGUUUUGCGACGAGACGAAAGAAGAAAAAAAAAAAUCAGCAAGUCAGCACCUGUUAAGAAUCACCGCAUGCAAGUUUUGUUUCCAUAACUAUUUAACUUUAUUCAGACUUGACAUGGUAAGACAGUUCUACAGAUAUAUUUAUCUUGUUUCAUCAUUGUCGAAAGAUAAAUCUACAAAGUCUCGCGACGUGUGGAUAUUGAUGGUUCGCUAGUUCCAUUAAUACCAUCAAGCCACAUAUCAUCGUACAAAGUUAGAUGCCAUGCAUAUUAUACCUAACCAUAAUGAUACAAAUUGACGUCAAAGUCAACUCCAAAGAAGUGCAUUGCAGAAGAUAAAUCUACGGAAACAUUUAAGAGAAUCUUCACUGUUCACAAAACCAGCACCUACUACCUACCUGUGCGCGCUGCGCAGCGAUUUUUAGUCUUGUUGUUACCCCGGUAUAUAUAUCUGGGUAUUUUUUAC